GCACAGCGCCCGGGUAGAUGGUGACCAGAUCAUCAAACCAAGCGCGGACUCGGAUGCUCCCAUCAAACAACCUCUUCUUUUAACUCUUCCUGUCGCCAUUGCAGCCCUCUGGAGCAGUGGUCAGAAUAUUUUAAAGGCCCUCAAUCACGCUGCUACCAACUGUAAUGAGCUACGACGACUUUCCGCCACUAAAAAAUGAUCUCCUCCUGAGGGCCGCACGGGGUGAUCAGAUCGAGCGUGCGCCAGUAUGGGUCAUGCGACAAGCCGGGAGAUACCUGCCAGAAUUUAGAAAAGUACGAGAGGACCACGAAUUUUUCGAGAUCUGUAGGACUCCAGAGCUCGCAACCGAGAUCACUCUCCAACCCAUCCGGCGAUAUGCUGGACUCAUAGACGCCGCCAUCAUUUUCUCUGACAUCCUCGUCAUCCCGCAGGCCUUCGGUAUGGAGGUACUCAUGACCCCGGGCCCGACUUUCCCCAAUCCGCUCGAGACACCUACGGACGUGGCGAAGUUGUCGGGGAAGGUGGACGUGGAUAAAGAGCUUGGAUAUGUCUUCGAGGCGCUCAAGAUGACACGACAAAAGUUGGAGGGCCAGGUUCCCCUCAUUGGAUUUUGCGGAGCCCCCUGGACGCUCAUGGCGUACAUGAUCGAGGGCGGCUCGAGCAAGACGCUGCAAAAAUCGAAAACAUGGCUUUUCAAAUACCCGGAGGAGUCGAAAGCACUUUUGAAACGCAUCGCUGACGUCUGCGUGGACUUUUUAGUAGGCCAGGUGAAAGCAGGGGCACAGUUGCUCCAAGUGUUCGAUUCCAACGCAGGAGACUUAUCCCCUCACGACUUUGAAACUUUCUCGGUUCCCACAUUGCGUCAAAUAUCCACUGGCGUGCGGGAUCGCUUAACCGAGCUUGGGGUACCCCGUGUUCCGCUCACUAUUUUUGCUAAGGGAGCCUCUCCGGCUAUUGCAGCUCGGUGUGGCUAUGACACAGUAGGGUUAGACUGGACAGAAGACCCUCGCGACGUUGCCAAAACCCUUGACAUGGAUGCAUGCCUACAAGGAAAUCUUGACCCUGUGGUGCUGUAUGGAGGGCGGGACGCCAUAGAACGGGAGGUUAAGAGGAUGUGUGCCGCCUUCCGGUCCGCCCGUGGUGGGGUCACCAGAGGAUGGAUCGCCAACCUUGGUCAUGGGAUCACUCCUGGGGUUGAUCCGGAAGACCUCAAGUGGUUCUUCGAGUGUGUACACAAAUAUUCCGCCAAUGCUUAGUAGGCAGGAGGUGGACAGAAACACCCUCAGGGUUUCAGGGCAUGUGAUACAAUAAAUGUUUAGUGUUGCGUAUUGUGAGGGGCAACGAGCCAAGUGCUGAGCUACAGGUAUGCUAGACAAGGAAU